CUCCAGCUCUCCCCACUCUGCAAUCAUCCUUGGCUCUCACCCAGGAAGCCACCAUGUCUUGUCGCUCCUACAGAGUCAGCUCUGGAUGCAGGAUGGGCAACUUCAGCUCUUGCUCAGCCGUGACCCCCCAGACCCUGAGCCACUUUCAGGCCAGCUCUGUCUCCUGCAAGAGUGGGCCUGGUCUCCGGGGCCUUGGUGCCUUUGGUAGUCGGAGUGUCAUCAACUUUGGAUCCCAUGCACCCCGGAUGGCAGCUGUAGGCCCUCAUCCCACCCGUUGUGGAGUUGGCUUUGGUCCUGGCAGUAGGAUGGCCUUCGGCUUUGGUGACAGGAGUGGUGUCAGUCUGGGAUUUAGGGCCUGCAGUGGUGUUGGUCUGGGCUUUGGAGGCGGCAGUGGCUUUGGCCAUGGUUUCAGCAGCCCUGGCUUUGGCUACAGAGUUGGAGGAAUUGGAGGACCAGCAGCCCCAUCUAUCACAGCGGUGACUGUUAACCAAAGCCUGCUGACACCCCUCAACCUGGAGAUUGACCCCAAUGCCCAGAGGGUGAAGAAGGAUGAGAAGGAGCAAAUCAAGACCCUCAACAACAAGUUCGCCUCCUUCAUUGACAAGGUACGGUUCCUAGAGCAACAGAACAAGCUCUUAGAAACCAAGUGGAGCUUCCUCCAAGAGCAGAAAUGUGCCAGGAGCAACCUAGAACCUCUCUUUGAGAACUACAUCACCAACUUGCGGAGGCAGCUGGAGACACUGGUCAAUGACCAGGCCCAGCUGCAGGCUGAGAGGAACCACUUGCAGGAUGUCCUCGAGGGCUUCAAGAAGAAGUAUGAGGAGGAGGUGGGAUUCCGAGCCAAUGCUGAGAAUGAGUUUGUGACUCUGAAGAAGGAUGUGGACACAGCUUUCUUGAAUAAAUCUGAUCUAGAAGCCAACGUGGAUGCCCUAACUCAGGAAAUUGACUUCCUUAAAACCCUGUACAUGGAGGAAAUCCAGUUGCUGCAGUCGCACAUCUCAGAGACAUCAGUCAUCGUGAAGAUGGACAACAGCAGGGACCUGAACCUUGACGGGAUCAUCGCCGAAGUCAAGGCUCAGUAUGAGGAGGUGGCCAGGCGCAGCCGUGCUGAUGCUGAGGCCUGGUACCAGACCAAGUAUGAGGAGAUGCGAGUGACAGCUGGCCAACACUGUGACAACCUACGCCACACACGGGAUGAGAUCAAUGAACUGACCCGGCUGAUCCACAGGUUGAAGGCAGAGAUCGAGCAUGCCAAGGCUCAGCGAGUCAAGCUGGAGGAAGCAGUGGCAGAGGCAGAGCAGCAGGGCGAGGCGGCCCUCAAUGACGCCAAAUGCAAGCUGGCGGACCUGGAGGGCGCCCUGCAGCAGGCCAAGCAGGACAUGGCACGGCAGCUGCGGGAGUACCAGGAGCUCAUGAAUGCCAAGCUGGGCCUGGACAUCGAGAUCGCCACCUACAGGAGGCUGCUAGAGGGCGAGGAAGUCCGCAUCUGUGAAGGCGUUGGCCCAGUUAACAUAUCUGUGAGCAGCACCCGGGGUGGCGUGGUGUGUGGGCCUGAGCACCUGGUCGCUGGCUCCACCCUGUCCCGCAGCGGAGUCACCUUCUCUGGCGGCAGCAGCAUCCGCACCACAGGAGGGGUCCUGACUUCCUGCAGCUCCAGCCUGGGUGGGGCAUGGGGCAGCCACGGGGACCUGCUGAGCGCGGGCACCAAGGGGGGCUCAGUGCUUGUGGGUGAGGCCUGCGCCCCCAGCGUCCCGUGCCCGCUGCCCACUGAGGGUAGCUUCAGCAGCUGCAGUGGUGGCCGCAGUACCCGCAGCUCCAGAGUCCGCUUCUCGUCCACCACCACCUCUGGCAGGACCAAGUACUAAGCCAACCCCCAGGCCCCAGCUUCUGUCCAGAGGAGAACCAACUCAACGUCCCCUGCUUGUGCCCCUGAGAAGUCUCCAGCCACCCCUCCUGCCCAGUCACCAACAGCAGCUGUGCCUUGUCAGACAUCCCCUAAAGGAUCUUGCCACAGUAUAGAUAUCCUGCCCACAGCCUCAGCCCCACUGGCUUCUCUCUGAUUCCCAAUUUCCUUCCUUGGGAUCACUCCUCACGGUCCAUUUCCCAGGGAAAUGCAGGUAGAGCCCAAUUCCAGACGCAGUGUACCUGGGGAGAAAAGGACUGUUCAAGCCAAAAGCAGGUGUUUGGGCUCCAGGGCCACCUGCGGCUUUGGUAGAGCUGGAGCACAGUGUGGACUGCACAGUGCAGGUGUCCCCAACUCUUGCUUCCUGCUUCUUGCCUUCCCUGCCCGGGGACACUUCUCUCCUUCUCUUCCUGGCCCAGAAAUACCCACAGUUUUUGGUGGCUCAGGGACCCCUACGGCACCCACAGUGGUUCUUCCAGUGGCUUAUGUCCUAGUGUUCCUCUUCCUGGGGUAUUGGUGAGGUGGUGGCUGCGGCUGGAGAGGUGGUCUCUGUAGCACUCCAUUGCCCCUGUCCUUUGGUGGUGUGAGGCCCAGCCCUGGCCACAGCAGGGUUAUGUCUACGAGCUCCAGAGAGACGUGGGGGUGGGGGUGCCACCUGUUUGUUCUGCUCUUUAUGUUUCUGGGUUUUCAAUAAACUUGCCAAGCUCACUCUAA